AUGGAUGCCACGCCUCUUGCAAUAGGGGGCGUGCCCUUAGUGGGCCUCCAGGAGGUCUCUGAGGAAGAUGCAAAGGCCACGUUCAAGAAGCUCUGCGCCAGCUUUCGCAUCAGUGAAAAUGUGGGGGACUGGCUGGUUGAGACAGUGGGCUUGCGAACUCUUGAAGACUAUUCGGCCUUCAUUACGUCUGAAGCAGAAAUUGAGGCGAAGAUCACAUCUAAGAUCGCCAACCUUGCGCAGUCUGGGUUGCAAGCAGCCCGGCUUCGCCAGGCAUGGUUGGCCAUACGCGUGGCCGGCACACAGGCGCAGGAGGCGAAGAAGCGCGGUGACGAGUCUCUGGACUUGGAAGCUUUGUUGCCGUUGCAUGACCUCAAGCAGCUAGAUGCCUUAUUUCACCAGAGGUACAAGUUGCAGCUGGAGGUUCAGGUAGCUCCGUCCGAUGCCCUAGUGUCUAGCCUGGCCAAGCAGCUGGAUAGGCGCAUGUUGCAGGUCCAAUCUGUUUUCAAGGUGAAGACACUUCGGCACAGUUUGUUGACUACUCGCAAGAGACGCAAGCUUGGGUCCAUUGAGAUUGUGGACGCCGAAGAGGCCAUCGACGAACCCAUCUCAGAGAAUGUGAGCAAUUAUUUGGAACUUUUGCAAGUUUUGCUGUAUGGAUUGGCGAAGGCAGGAGUGAGGCCGCUCGAGAAGCAGCCCGCGGAGCCGGAGGGCCCCAACACCCGGUCCACUGCGUAUGUGCAAGUGCCGCUGGAUGUCGUGUUGCGAUACCAUCGUAGAGCAGCAAGGUGUGUCAAGUUAGCGCCCCCCAGCGCGGCUUUGACGUGGCUGCAGCAGCGAGAUGAGCGUGAGAGGCAGCUGUGGGUUGAGAGGUUCCGUUUCAGCAACCUUCCCCUAGGACAAAUCAUUGAGCAGACGAUGCUGGAGCUUGAUCAUGCUUGGGAGAUAGUGCCGAGCGACGACUUAUCUGCGACAUCAGCAAAUGAGAAGUCAGAGAAGACGCCGAAGUCACCCAGCAAGAUUGGCAAGCUCGCAGCAAAGCUCAAAGAUGGCACGCGUCUGUGCUCAGACUGGAACCAGGGUGGCUGCGCUGAGAGAUGCCAGAAGAAGCUAACGCAUGCCUGCUCAUACAUCAUCAAAGAAAAUGGCAGGGUCUGUGGAAUGCGAAAUCACCGAGCAUGCAAUCACAAGUCCAAGUCGGCCUCGUGA